GUCCGGCACAGCACACAGAAACACAAUGCUAUGCAGAGAGGUUCUUCUGCACACGUGGUUUCCUCCCUUCCCUUCACAAGCACAAAUGUCACUUGCACUUGUCAAAUUUGAAUUCCACUACCCAAGACUGUAAAUGUUGUGGGGUGUCACCAUCUAUAUAUACCACGUCUCAUUUUUCCAUCAAAAAACUAGCUCCUACUUAGCAGACACACAGAUUAAGGUUGGUUAGUUUCCUAGGUUUUGGACAUUAUAAGGUUGAGUUGUACUACUUACUAAUCAGAAGAAAAUGUCACUAAUUAUAAGGGUGUCUUUCAUUCUUGCUUUGGUAAUCUCACUUGCUUAUGGCAAUGAAGAGGGAUGGAUUGAUGCUCAUGCCACUUUCUAUGGAGGUGGUGAUGCUUCUGGAACAAUGGGUGGGGCUUGUGGCUAUGGAAAUUUAUACAGCCAAGGGUACGGGACUGACACGGCGGCGUUGAGCACAGUACUGUUCAACAAUGGGCGGAGUUGUGGGGCUUGUUUUGAGAUUAAAUGUGUGAAUGACCAAAAGUGGUGCCUCCAAGGCUCAAUUGUAGUCACUGCCACCAAUUUUUGCCCUCCAAAUUAUGCACUUUCAAAUAAUGCUGGCGGGUGGUGCAACCCACCUAACCAUCAUUUUGAUCUCUCUCAGCCUGUCUUCCAAAAUAUUGCUCAAUACCAAGCUGGGAUUGUUCCUGUUAGCUAUAGAAGGUAUAUACACUUCAAGAUAUGUUUGCUCAACUAAUCCAAGGUUUAUUUAGUUAUCGAAUUUUUCUGUUUCGUUUUGCUCACUCUAUUUUACUUUUU